AAAAAUGGCGUCCACCCCGCGGCGAAGGCGUGGCUACCCGUUGCCAGGGGCAACCGCCGUCCAAUGAAAGCGGCGAAGGCGUCGCUACCCGUUGCCAGGGGCAACCGCCGUCCAAUGAAAGCAACGUGGACGAGAGGGUGCUCCAGAAUGUCAUCGAGGCCUGAGUGGCUGACCGGGCUGGCCCAUCGGGCCGCCCCACCACGUCCCCAGCCGUGCAACUCUUCGCCGGCACUGACCCGUGGAGGGAAGCGCGAGUCCAGCGUGAGCCCCAGGGCCGUGACGCAGCUCCCCGUGGCCAAGACGCGGCGGCCUCGGCACUCAAAAGCGGUCUCGCGCCACAACAGGGAUGAUGGCAUCAAGUCUGACAGGACCGACAGCGAUUCAUGCAGCUACACGGAUCCGAGUGGCCUUGAGGAGGACGAGGAGGGCUUCUGUGACGAUGAGAGGCGUGCGCUGGACCGUGCGGCGGUGCACGAGGACUCGGGCCUGGGCUCCAGCGUCACUGACGACGGCACGGUGUCCCGUGAGGCAGGCGGCGAGGGGUUGGAUGCUCCGGGCAGCUCUGUCAGAAGUUGCCCGGGAUCGGACGCGAGCGUGGCGGCGUGGUCCCGAACAUCCGUGGACUUGGACGACUCUCCCUUCCUGCCGGCUGUGACGAGCAGCUGGAAGCGAGACGAGGACUCUGCGGAUUUGGCGAAAUCCGGCCGACAUAACUUUGCUGCAGGGGAGCGUAACACCCUGGAUGAACUUUUGGGCAAAAAGGCAGAGGCCGUCGAAAGCGGCGUGGGCAUGGGGACAGAAUGCGGUGGUGCCGUGGGCACGCGGCGACCGGACGUGUCCGGCCACGUUGCCCUCCCCGACGCCAGCUUGUUCUCGCCGACUACGGAGAAGCGAGACUCUGGAAUCAGACUCACGCCGAACUCCUCCAUCCUCGACUACGGCGACGACGGCGACACGAGCGGCCGCGACUCUCUGGAUGGUGCCCGCGCGUCGACGUCGCUCUCGCCGCCAUUCCUGAAGACGCCGCAGCCAAACCGCAGGGGCCGCGAGCGCGGCGCCAGUUCCGUGUUCCGCACGCCAGUGACGGCGCUCGCGCGCACGUUCAACCUGGACCCGUCAUCCCCCGGCGGCUUGCGGUGCUCUCCCUCGCUGGGCGGCAGGGACGCGGUGCCAGGCUCUCCCGCGGUCGACGACGACGGCAGCUUUCGCUGCGUUUUCUCGGAAAGGGGCCGCGUCGUUACGGAGGGCGGCAACGACGCGGAUGAGCGCAGCCUGGACGGCUCGGGCGACGACCUCACGCCGGACCUGUGGCCACGUAGCCGCAGACUGGGCCGCUUGCAGAGCCCCUCUACCAUCCGCGAAGGCGGCUCCCGGUCGGACGUCGAUGACGGCCGGGCGAACGUACAGGUGGCGCGGCACGCGGAGGAGGCGGCGGCGGCGUCCGGGUCGCCGAGCUGCCGUCGAGUGGUGAACACGCGCAGCCAGCGGAGGAUGGUCACGGCGAGAGACGGCGUCGCCAGUGCCGCCUUGAGAAACGCCGCCGUGCACACGGCGCCCCCGUGCGUGUCGCGCCAUGCCACGCCACCCACGCGCGCUGGCGUGGUGAGCGCCGAUGCGGUGCUCACGCCCGCCCUGAGGCUGCAGCAGGAGGUGGCGUGGCGGUUCUGUCAGGGCCUGCAGGAGGCCACGCCUGUGGGGGCUUCGGGUCGAGCAUCGACGUCGGCGUGGAGGCACAGCCCGGCGCAGCUCAACGACGCGAUGAAGCAGGCGCUCGCUUCCGUGCCCGUCGCCCUGAGGGAGAGCCCCUCGCUCAAGCAACUCAUUGGACGUGAGAUGGGCUGCAAGUUCCUCGACAUAAUCGCCGCGCUGGAGGAGAAGGGCCUCAGGCGCGUGGUGUGCCAGCUGCUUGGCUACCUGUCGGCGGCGGACCACGACAGGUUGUGCCAAGUGAGCGCAGUGUGGCGCGCUGCCGUGGACUGGGGGCGGGCGCUGGGGCUCUUGACUCCCAAACCGGUGCCCGUGAUCUGGCACAAGGUACGUGUGGGGCCAGUGAGCGUCAACGACUCCAGCCGCUUGGUGUGCGGCCACGCAGAAGUCACGUCAUUUACGAGAACGUACCAAACCCGUGGGCAGGCGACGACGUGGCUGACGCACGUUGGCACCAGCCGGUGCCCAGGGGCAGUCCCUUGGUACCGUCCGGCCAAAGCCUCGCGACGCCGUCGCCCACGAAUGGGCAGGCGGCGAGCAGCCGAGCGAGCAGCCAGCACGAGCGCUUCGUGGCGGUGGGCCGCACGCUCCACAGCGACGAGUCGCUGCGCAAGUGCCCGCGCUGCCAGUCUCCGGCGCGCUUGCGCCGCGCGGAGGAGCGGGCGCUGUGCACGCGGGAGUCGUGCGCGUACGACUUCUGCGCGACCUGCUGGUGCCCGUGGCACGGGUCACGCCCGUGCAGUCCCGCGCGGACGGCGCGCCGGGGGCCGUCGGAGGCGCUGCCCGGCACCAAGCGGAGCAAGCGCAACCUGAGGCGGCUGUGACGCGGCGGGGCCCGGGGGGGUUGGUGGCGGUGGGGAGGAGGAGAGCUGCCAACUCGGACGUUUCAUUUCUUCCGCCGAGAGAUGUUUGAAUGUGCGCCACACCGGCUAUGGUCACGACCCCCGCCACCGCCACCACGCCCCCCCCCCACCGCCCCCCAACCUGGACACGCCUGUGGACACCUCAAGUCGACCGGGUUAGGUCGAUGGACUCGGUGCCUGCGUCGCCUUCGUGUUGUCGGCCUCUCAACGAGGUCACUGGAUACUUUUAUCGAAGACUAGGUGAGAGAUUGAGAGGAAUGCCUCUAUUGCUAGUGUGACCUGGGUAAGCGACAUUAGUUUUUAAACUAAAUACAAAAGUCAGUCCUAAAGGAAUGAGUUUUACAUUUAGAAAUGAAAGAACAUGGCAUCCAGCUGCUUGUGAGAUCCCUUCAAGUGAUCUCCUCGCCACACGACCAGCACGCACAACACUUCGCUAUCGCACGUCCUGCUGUACAGAUGUUCAUCGUAUGCCGAUCAAACCGAAAUGUUUAAUUCUCAGAGCUGGAAAUUUGGAAGAUUAUGUGAAAAGCCAAAUAUAAUGAUGGUUUUCGUGCAUACAAUGUGUUAACUUACCUGUGCUGUGCAUUAUCUGAUGUACAUAUCAGAUUAUGAUGGCAAACGCGGUUAAAUGAAGUGAAUACCAAGGGUUCGUGAAUUUCGAUUCGACCUAUGAGAUGGUCACCUCCUUUCGCCAAAUAGGUUCAGAAGGUGGCAUUUUCGGGAAGAAGAAGAAAACACGAGGCCUUGUGGUCUAACGAACGUGAAUAUGACGUGAAUCGCAGGCUGCGUAUGUACGCACGUGCCCGCGUCUCUCCUCCCAUCGCGUGGCUCGGCUCGGGAUGGAGUUGGAUUUUAAAGCGCGUCGCUGAAGAAUUCCUGGCGCCGACGUGCGGAGGGGAAGUUGUCCGCGUCGCCGCGAAUGCGUUGGGCAGCUAGCGCCUCGUGUGCACUGGACAACGGACGGCACAUCUGUCGGCGCGUAUUGGUGAUGCUCGCGGGAUGACAGACUGCACGAGCGCGAUCAACAAACGCCGCCUUUGCGCGCGAAGCGUUACGUGGAAUGGAACGGUGCUGACACGGCUGUCGUUUCCGUCGUGGCUCCUUCGAGCACGGAGGAACAUUGGGAACGUUUGUCGUCUUGCCACUGAAUACCGUCACUUUAUUAGGAAGAAUGUGUUGAUUGCAGUCGUCGAAGUGUUCUCUGUCAUUGCCUCAAGGCCAGUUGGUGGGUUGGCCGCAGUUGGUGAGAUGUUAGAAGGUUAAGAAACUUGACGGUGGCCACCCGCUUGGCACGGUGUUACUCACGGUCGUGCAAAGCAGUCGUGGUGAUUACCCAGCGGUAGCCGGCGAUGAUCUCCUUAAGAGACAGCCGCUGUCACAGUAUGCAGGCUGCGUGUGGACAAAGCGAGCGGACACUGCACACGGUGUUACAAAUGUUCUAAGGGUGACGUUCUGAAGGGAGUUGACAUUCUGCGCCCUAUCUGGAGCAAUGAAGACUGACCAGCAUUGGAGCUGAUGUGCGUGUGUACAGCACUGCUUUGGCAAUCCCUAUGUAAGUCGCGGCGAGCGUCACCCGAUGUGCUCAGGAUAAGGAUGACACGUGCAUUAAUGCGUUAUGUAUAUAAUUCUGCAAUCGUAAUCGCAUGUACGGUGUAAACUUGAGCUUUGUAUUUGCCUGGUUAGUGUUUGUAAAGGUUCGGAGUUUUUGGUGAAUCUGGAUCAUCUGGUUUCUGUCGACCGAGCGGCGUCAUGCGCACAGCCUCAUUUCCCCAAGGUCUUGUUCACAAUUUGAACGCAAAUUUUAAUCCCAUAGUCCACAUUUAGACGAAUGUUUAUGCGAUCAAGAUGCUGUGAAUGGCCCAGUGCCUCCCACGUAGUUACUGGAAAAGUAACAACUUUAAAGCCCAAUUUUAACCAUUAAAUAUUGUUAAUGUCCACACAUGGCUCCUCAGCAUAACGGACUAGUCAUUUUAAUCUGUUCGUUGUUUUCUUAUUGAAUAGUAUUCCCUCUCUGAACCGUUCCGGAGAUGCUGGUGAAUAGCCAAUGUCGCGGAGAAUGAAAACCGAUCAUUUUAAUUAAUGACCUUAAAUAAUCAAUCUCGUCACUUUAUCACAUUCUUCCUCGGUCACUUGAUCUCAUAUCACUUUCUGUCUGUCUCGAUGCGGCCGUGCAGCGUUCCAGAUGCGAUUCAACGGAUAGCCCAAAGUCACGGACAACACAUUCGUGAAUGGCGAGGGAGCGCUGUGUUUAAUGUUGUUAAGUCGACUUGAGACAUUGCUGUGCCACGUGCCUUAUACGCCUGUGUGUGUGUCUGUGAGACGGGCAGUUUCCCAUCUCUGCAUCACUGCCUUGCCACGUGGACCGACCCUUGUUCUGCUUCAGCUCGACCCACUCGGCCUUUUACGUGAAAGACCGUGACAACCCCUUUCAAGUGAAACGGCUUAUAAUAGUUGUAACAUUAUAUUGCCCACCAACCCUGGGGUCGGUCAGAGCUUUGCAGCAUUUGAGAAAUAAGUAAGUUUGUAACCUGUUUCUAUGCAAUGAUUAGUCCUAUCGGUUGCAAUAAACUUGCUUAUUUCUCCUAAUCUAAAAUGUAUCUGGAGGCAAGGAUUUGGACUUUAUUUUUAAUGGUUGGACUUGAAGCUGAAAAACUGCGAGUAUGAGAGGCCACUCGUGACACGUGAUGAAUGUAUUUUCAUACAAUCACUUUUUUAAUGUUUUCUUUGUGUUGCCGUGAAUGCUCAAAGAAAUCCGAGUGAAGGUUUUUUAAAAUUAAUUUAUGAUGUGUGAUAUUGUACCUUCAUUUACAGCGUGCAGUUUUAAUAAAGUGUCGUUAAAUUUCGAUUCAAAGCUUUCGUGACUGCA